AUGGAUGACGCCGAAGACGAGGCGCGAAAACGCCGGGAAGAAUGCGAGAGAAAAGCGAGAAGAGGAGAGAUGGAUCCGCGGCUGGAGUUUGUCUUCCAGCUCCUGAUGGAUGGAACCGGUUUGCUGCGUCACGAGGCGAUGGAUCACGUAUUCGAGGGAGAUAUGCUUGAUGAAAUCAACCAAUUAUUUUUGCCACACAUGAGGUCAACCCUAGUUUGGUACUACCAAGUCGUUGACGAGCCAGAAAUUCUGCGACCCCUUGAAACUGGACAAGUGAUAAAAGGUACAUCUAGAGCGCCAGUCAACGCGCCUUCGAACAAAGCCAAGGAACCCAAGGAACCCAAAGAACCGCCGAAAAAAAAAUUAUUUUUGACCGAUGGCUGGCAAACUCCUUGCACUGGUGUCUGUAUCUACAUGUUCCGAAUAAAUACAGCGAAACAACUGCCGGAGGAAGGCUUCCAAAAAGAUUUAUACACUGGCGUAAUAGAUACUGCUAAAGUGAGCAUCCUCGCGUCUAUUCAAAGAGUUGUCGAGCAAGUUUUUAUGGACGCGCUUGCUCAUCCUGGAGGCGAAGACGAAGACGACUGUCCUAUGAUUAAGAGUCUCUUAUUACCUGGACUUCGCUCUUUUUGUAGUGCCUUAAAAGUGUGCGAACAAGUAGCUCUCGAGGGGAAUAUUUUCGACGACGGAGAAACUAUGAUGGACGAGAUUGACAAUUUUGAAAAAGCAAAAGCUUUUCUCGUCAAAGAAGGAGUCGUCGAGAGGAUCGAGGAACGCGUAAAGUUGUGGAUCAAAAAGUUGAAAGAUUUUAUUCUAGAAAGCAAACAGGUUAGAAGAGAAAAUGAUUCCUCCGGUCCGCAACAGGAAUUGGAGUACUGGAAAAGACGCGGUGCUCAGUUUAGUCAACUCGCUACCAAACUGCAGGAUCAUGAAGUGAAAAUGUCGUUGUUAUGUUUGCAAGUGGCAAGGUCUAAAUUAAUAAAAGAGUGGGUUGACGCCGAGGAUGAAGUUACUUACUGUUACAGUGAGGCCAAAGAUAAUGCUAAAUUUAUUCAAGCUUUGGAAAAAUGCUGUCAUUGUCUGUAUCUUGAUGAUCCAGUAAGAAUGAGAGAAUCAUUGGUGUCUCUUUUACAAACUGUAAGACUUAUCUACAGUGUUUCGAGAUAUUACAAUACUUCUGAAAGAACUUCCUCACUAAUGGUAAAGAUAACUAAUCAAAUGAUUGUCGCCUGUAGGGAUUAUGUUACUCAGAGAGGACGUGAAACUGUUUGGAAUCUCGAUAGAAGUUCCGCGCGCUCCAGACUCAAACACUGUCUCAGAUUAAAUAAAGCGUACAGAGAAACAUACAGACUAGUCAGAUGUUCACCGGCUGUUACCGAACAAGAAUUUUCAUUUUCUGAAACUCACGUCUUUGGAAGAUUCGACUCAUUUUGCUCGAGGAUUAGAAAAAUUUUAGCAAUGUUUGAUUUAAUUGACGAUUAUCAAAAUUUAUUCGCUCGACGAAUGGAAGGUUUACUUUUAGGAGAAGCUUUGGAAGAAGCAACAAAGUCCUUUGAAGAGGCCAAAAAAAUUGCAACCAAUAAAUCUUACGACUAUCUAGACCCUCGUAACACUGAGUUUGAUAGAGAUUACGACGUAUUUAUGUCAAAGACAAACGCCUUGAAAGAAAAUAUCGGUGGGAUUAUUGAAAAAAAUUAUGCGGAUGUGUGGGAGACACCACAAGGCAUAAGAUUUCUCACGAGAUUUGAAAAAAUUAGUGAAAAAAUUCCUCUGACUAAAUUGGAUGAAAAAUACAAUUUGGUGGUUAGAUACUGCGAUAAGGAAGUCGAACGAACCUUGAAGCUCUUCAAAAAACAAAGAGAUGACCCGCCUUUACCGAGACACAUGCCACCUAUUGCGGGUCGAUUAACUUGGGCACAUGCUCUCAAAAUGCAUUUAAAUGAAUUGACAGCCUCAGUAUCAAAUCAUCCUGUUUUGAGAACUUUGCCACUUACUGCUGAUUUAGUGAGAAGAUAUAAUCAUGCUGUUACUGUUUUACUUCAAUAUCAAAUGGAUAUUACUGAAGUUUGGACCCAUCAAAACUCUUGGGUUAUUGAAGACUGCUUAAACAAGCCACUGCUGGUGAUGGACAAAGAAACGAAUAAAGUUCAAGUGAAUUUAGAGAAUCGUAUAACUCUUUUACUCCGUGAAGCUGAUUGUUUGGCUAAAUUAAAAUUAGAUAUACCGAUAGUGGCGUUAACGAUCCUCGUAAAACAGGAUUACUUCACUGUAGUACACAAUUUUUUACAAUUAGUAAUUGAAGAAUUUGUUUCAACAGCCCGACGUGUUAAAUUAGAAGUGAGACCACUGUUGCUACCGCAUUUAGUGCGACUGUCUUCGUUGCUUAUGCCUGGACUAAAAACACUGACCUGGACAAAACCCGGUUGGAAAGAGUUCUGCCAGUUUACGAGGGAAGAAAUAAAAUCUUUUGAUGUACUGAUAACGCGAGUACACGAUGUUUACUCCAAUAGGAUUCUUCAGGUGUUGGCCAGUAUGCAGAAAAUAACUCUACAUGCUCUACCGGAGGAGGAUCCCUGGAGUAUUGAGGAGUUUUUAGAAAAAACAAAUGAAGCGUGUCGUGUAGCAGCUAUCGAUCUUCACAGGCGAAGUCUCAUGGUCGAAGAAGCCGUGGAAGAAGUUUUACAGCUGGUGAAAAAUGCUGCAGAUAAUUUCAAAAAUAAUGAACCUGACCAGUAUGAUUUGGGAGGCGAUGAAGGAUUUACUGGUGAUGAAGAGGCCAACGGAGAAGCUGUUCAACCCCAGGAUUGGACGGUAGUUUGGGCUUGCUUUGAUGAUCCUCAUCAGUUGUUAUCCACCACCGGAGUUGGUCUUUCCAAAAAUAUGCAGGACAUGGUCCGCAAUGCCGUUUCAGAAAUGCGACGCUAUUAUUCACGAAAAAUCGUUGAUGUUCUUAUAAAAGUUACUAGAACUUCUCUGGACACUAUUAGAAAAAAAUUUCUCCGGGAAUUUGAUCCAGAGAAUGUAACACGUCCGGUAUUUCUUAUACAAGCGACUUUGAUGAUUCCGUCGGUCGUUAUAAAGCCCAGCCUCGAGCAAGUUCAAGAAGCCCUGACUAUCGCGGGUAAAGCUAUCGCUGGAGUCGCCAAGGGCGUCGCUCAGUGGACUGCUGCAACUAGUAAGAGCACGUGGAAGUCUACAUCGUUGGCUCCUAAGAAAAAUUUAUUGGACGUUGUUAUGAGAGCUCAAAUAGUUGCCGAAAGACGCCGUGAUGAUGAACCAGAAGAUCCUAAAGUUCGUAGAAGAAGACUUUAUAAAACUGUGUCUGAAGAACGACCAGAGUUUCCCGUUCAAAAUCGUAAUUUUCAUGCUCUAGUGAUGGAAAAUAAAGAAAUAAUUAAAGUUUUGUCAAUGUUGAGCACUUGUACUCAAGAACUUGGACAGGAUCUUGCGGCAUUCUUAGAGCAAUGGACUCCAUACAAGUACUUGUGGAAAAAUGAAAAAAGUAUGCGUGAAUUAUUAAAUUCAACGUUGUCUAACUUUGAAAAUACUUUGCGUAAACACAGUGAGCUUGAAGAUAAAUUAUCUACGGAAUCAGACAUGUCCUAUUUAGGAAUUUCUAUUGCUUUAUGUACUGAAAAAUUAAAAUACGCUUUGGCUACUGAAAUAAAAAAUUCAACUUAUAAAAUUGGUCAAGCUAUGAAGAAAAAAUACCGGCGAGAAAUGGAGUAUGUUUAUGCGGUAAUAAAUGAAAUGGAUCGAAAAUUAGAUCGUCAAAUACGUGAUUUAGAUGACGUAAGACUGGUAAUGGAUACCCUUAAAAAAAUACGAGAGCAAGAGGUAGACAUGGAGUUGAAAAUAGACCCGAUUGAAGAGGCCUUUAAUAUCGUAAUUCGUUAUGAAGUUCCUGUCGAUCAAGAGUGUCUGGAACAAGUCGACAAUUUGAGAUUUACGUGGUUAAAUCUUCUAGCCCGAGCUCAAGAGAGUCACGUUUUACUCUUAAAACUCCAGCCCCAGUUUGAAGAGGAACUCAGAUAUAAUUUAGAUAAAUUUCGCCGUGAUAAUGAAGCCUACUGCGAGGAAUAUAGAUUGUCUGGGCCAAUGCAAACCGGUCUUACACCGCGUGAAGCUUCAGAUCGGCAAAUACUUUUCCAAAAUCGAUUUGACGGAAUGUGGCGUAAAUUACAAACUUAUCAGAGUGGCGAAGAAUUAUUUGGUUUACCAAUAACAGAUUAUCCCGAGUUAUCUCAAAUAAGAAAGGAAUUGAAUUUACUUCAGAAACUAUAUAAAUUGUACAAUGAUGUUAUUGAUCGUGUCAGCAGUUAUUACGAUAUACCGUGGGGUGAAGUUAAUAUUGAAGAUAUAAAUAACGAGUUAAUGGAAUUCCAAAAUCGAUGCCGUAAAUUACCAAAGGGAUUAAAAGAAUGGCCGGCGUUUUUUGCUCUAAAGAAGACAAUCGAUGAUUUUAAUGACAUGUGUCCUCUAUUGGAGUUGAUGGCCAAUAAAGCCAUGAAACCGCGUCAUUGGCAGCGAAUUAUUGAGGUCACUGGCUACACAUUUGACUUGGAAAGCGAGGGAUUUUGUUUGAAAAAUAUUUUAGAGGCUCCGUUAUUAAAAUAUAAAGAAGAUAUUGAAGAUAUUUGUAUUUCAGCGAUGAAAGAAAAAGAUAUUGAGGCUAAAUUACGACAAGUUGUCAAUGAAUGGUCCUCACACGAAUUAACAUUCAUGACUUUUAAUAAUCGGGGAGAAUUAUUGCUUCGGGGUGAUACUACAGCUGAAACAAUUGGUCAAUUGGAAGACAGUCUUAUGAUUUUGGGUUCUCUUAUGUCAAACAGAUACAAUGCGCCUUUUCGAAAACAAAUUCAACAAUGGCUCACUGAUUUGUCAAAUACCAAUGAAAUUUUGGAGCGAUGGUUACUCGUCCAAAAUAUGUGGGUCUAUUUAGAAGCAGUCUUUGUGGGCGGUGACAUUGCUAAACAAUUACCAAAAGAAGCUAAAAGAUUCAGUAAAAUAGACAAAAGUUGGCAAAAAAUAAUGCAGAGAGCUCACGAAACUCCUGGAGUUGUUCCUUGCUGUGUUGGAGAUGAUUUACUAAAACAAUUGUUGCCGCACUUACAAGAACAGCUGGAACUGUGUCAAAAAUCUCUGAGUGGUUAUUUGGAAAAAAAGCGUAUGAUGUUUCCAAGAUUUUUUUUUGUAUCUGAUCCAGCUCUUUUAGAAAUUUUGGGCCAAGCUUCAGACUCUCACACUAUUCAAAAUCAUCUGCUGUCUAUAUUUGACAAUACUAGAUUUGUUAAAUUUCACGAUAUAGAGUACAAUAAAAUGACGGCAAUAAUUUCAUCUGAGGGAGAGACGAUAGUCCUUGAAAGAGCUGUCAGAGCAGAGGGAUCUGUUGAGACUUGGCUGAUGCAGCUUCUUCAAACAUCACAGCAGUCUUUACACUCGAUUAUUCGGACAGCAAACACCAUGAUGAAUGAUCAAAAUUUUAAUUUGCUGUCAUUUUUGGAUAAAAUGCCAGCACAAGUUGGUAUACUUGGCAUUCAGAUGAUUUGGACAAGAGACGCUGAAUUGGCUCUUAUGCAAGCACGAGCUGAUAAAAAAAUAAUGGGUGAAACAAACAAUAGAUUUCUUGAACUUUUAAAUACUCUUAUUGAUCAAACGACCAGAGAUUUAGCUAAAAUAGAUCGAACUAAAUUUGAAACUUUGAUUACUAUUCACGUACAUCAACGUGAUAUUUUUGACAUGAUGUGUCGCUUAAAUGUUCGAACAGUCACAGAUUUUGAGUGGUUGAAGCAGUGUCGUUUUUAUUUUAAAGAGGAUCUUGAUAAAACUACGAUCCAUAUAACAGAUGUACAAUUUAUUUAUCAAAAUGAAUAUCUCGGUUGUACUGAACGUUUGGUAAUUACACCUCUCACUGACAGAUGUUACAUAACUCUAGCUCAAGCACUGUCAAUGUCAAUGGGAGGAUCUCCUUGUGGUCCAGCGGGGACUGGAAAAACAGAAACAGUUAAAGACAUGGGUAAAACAUUGGCCAAGUACGUUGUUGUAUUUAAUUGCUCUGAUCAAAUGGAUUAUCGUGGACUGGGGCGUAUUUACAAGGGUCUCGCUCAAAGUGGAAGUUGGGGGUGCUUUGAUGAAUUUAAUCGAAUUGAAUUACCAGUACUUUCUGUUGCUGCUCAGCAGGUUGCCGUUGUACUGGCUGCUAAAAAGGAGAAAAAGAAACAAUUUGUAUUUACUGACGGAGAUCAAAUUGAAAUGUGUCCCGAAUUAGGUAUAUUUAUAACUAUGAAUCCUGGAUACGCUGGACGAAAAGAACUACCUGAAAAUUUAAAAAUCCAAUUUAGAACAGUAGCGAUGAUGGUACCCGAUCGGCAAAUAAUUAUUCGAGUAAAGCUUGCCAGCUGUGGUUUUUUAGAGAAUAUAACACUUGCCCGUAAAUUUUAUACACUUUACAAAUUAUGCGAGGAACAGCUUACAAAACAAGUCCACUAUGAUUUUGGUUUGAGAAAUAUUUUGUCAGUAUUGAGAACUUUGGGAGCCGCUAAACGGACUAAUUCAAAAGACACCGAGAGUACUAUUGUAAUGCGGGUGCUGAGAGAUAUGAAUUUAUCAAAACUUAUCGACGAAGAUGAGCCACUGUUUAUUUCACUGGUUGCUGAUUUGUUUCCCAAUCAAGUUUUAGAAAAAACGGCUUAUCCCGAGUUGGAGACAGCUAUUGAUCAGCAAGUCAAAGAGUCUGGGCUUAUAUAUCAUCCUCCGUGGGUAUUGAAGCUCAUUCAAUUGUACGAAACUCAACGAGUCCGUCAUGGAAUAAUGACACUGGGUCCUUCUGGGGCUGGUAAAACAACUUGCAUUCAAAUACUUAUGAAAGCUUUGUCGCAAUUAGGAGAGUACCACAGAGAAAUGAGAAUGAAUCCAAAAAGUAUAACAGCAGCACAAAUGUUUGGAAGGCUAGAUGUUGCUACCAAUGAUUGGACUGACGGAAUAUUUUCAGCUUUGUGGCGUAAAACUUUAAAAUUAAAAAAAGAUGAACACGUUUGGUUGGUACUUGAUGGUCCUGUUGACAGUAUAUGGAUUGAAAAUUUAAAUUCUGUAUUGGAUGACAACAAAACAUUAACUUUGGCUAAUGGUGAUCGUUUGAGUAUGGCACCAACUUGUAAAAUAAUAUUUGAGCCACACAAUAUUGAUAACGCAAGUCCUGCUACGGUAUCAAGAAAUGGAAUGGUGUAUAUGAGCUCGUCGGGUUUAGAUUGGAAACCCGUGGUGACUGCAUGGUUAAAAACAAGAACCUCUUUGGAGCAACAAGUCUUGGAGAAAACUUUUGAUGAAUCAUUUCCAGCUAUUUAUUCCUGGAGUACACAAACACUUGUUCUUGCUAUUAAAGUACUCCAGUGUAAUAUUAUACAGCAAAUGUUAUUUAUUUUACAAGGAUUAAUUCCAUCAGUAAUUCCUUUGGAAGAAAAUGAAGACGAGGAUGAUUUUGAAAAAGACAAACCUCAGCCGUUAACUGCGGAGCAUUUAAAAAAAUUUUACGUAUUUUCUUUGGUUUGGGGAAUAGGUGCUUUACUUGAAACAGCAGAUAGAAUUAAAUUUGACAAUUAUUUACGAGGUAAUUUUGAAUAUUUAGAUCUUCCAAUGUCUGAAAAGUAUCCUAAUGCAACGACAUUUGACUUUAUGGUUAAUGAUAAAGGAAAAUGGGAUACUUGGAGUAAUAUGGUAACUAAUUACAUUUAUCCAGAUUACGCAACACCGGAUUAUAAUAGUAUUUUGGUGCCUAUUGUUGACAAUGUACAAAUUCAGUAUCUUAUUGAUUUAAUAGGACGUCAAGAUAAGCCAGUUUUAUUGAUUGGAGAACAAGGUUCAGCAAAAACAGUUAUGAUGAAGUCUUAUAUGAAAGGAACCAACCCUGACACUACUCUUGUUAGAUCAUUUAAUUUUAGUUCGGCAACUACGCCUUAUCAGUUUCAAAAAACUAUUGAAAGUUAUGUUGAAAAACGAAUGGGUAAUACAUUUGGUCCUCCAGGUGGUAAAAAAAUGUUGGUAUUUGUUGAUGAUAUUAAUUUGCCUCAAAUAAAUGAAUGGGGCGAUCAGAUUACCAAUGAAAUAGUGAGACAAGCGAUGGAUAUGAAGGGGUUCUAUUCCCUUGAAAAACCCGGUGAUUUUACAAUGAUCGUUGACAUGACAUUCUUCGGGGCAAUGAGCCAACCAGGUGGUGGAAGAAAUGACAUUCCGUCUCGUUUAAAAAGACAGUUUUGUAUUUUUAAUUGCACUUUACCGAAUGACACUUCAAUCGAUAAAAUUUUCAGUGUACUCGGUGAAGGGCACUAUAAUUCUAAAAGAGGUUUUUCAACAGAAAUAAGAGCUCUUGUUAAAAAAAUGAUUCCUCUCACGAGGCAUUUGUGGCAGAGAACUCGGGCUAAAUUAUUACCAACUCCUGCUAAAUUUCACUAUGUAUUCAGUCUUCGGGACCUUUCGAGAAUUUGGCAGGGUAUGAUUGGUACUCUGUCAACUGUUAUUGAAAAAGAAAAUUUUUUGAUGCUACUGUGGAAGCAUGAAUGUACCCGAGUAUUUAGCGAUCGUUUAACCAUGCUGUCUGAUAAAAAAUGGUUUGAAGAAGAAUUAGUUUGUGUUGUUAAUGAAUAUUUAGGUGAAUCAUACACUGAAAUGUUAAAACAAAAUCCGGCUUUUGUUGAUUUUAUGAGAGACGCUCCAGAGCCUACCGGAGAAGAAGGUGAAGAUGCUGAUAUGGAAUUACCAAAAGUAUACGAGCCUGUAUUUGAUGAUCAAAUUUUACGGGAUCGUUUGGAAAUGUUUUUGUCACAAUUUAAUGAAAUGCAACGAGGCGCUGGAAUGGAUCUUGUAUUUUUUCCCGAUGCAAUGUUACAUUUGGUUAAAAUAUCUCGUGUAAUAAGACAUCCCCGUGGUAAUGUUAUGCUUGUUGGUGUUGGUGGAUCAGGUAAACAGAGUUUAACAAAAUUAUCAUCAUUUAUUGCCGGUUAUAAAACAUUUCAAAUAACUCUUACGAGAUCUUACAAUGUUGCGAAUUUCUUGGAAGAUUUAAAGUUUCUCUAUCGAUCGUGCGGAAGUCAAGGCAAGGGCACGACAUUCAUUUUUACAGAUUUGGACAUUAAAGAGGAAGGUUUCCUAGAGUAUUUAAACAAUAUACUGAGCUCUGGUGUUAUCAGUAAUUUAUUUACACGUGAUGAACAGGCGGAAAUAAUAUCUGAAUUAACGCCAAUAAUGAAACGUGAAAAUCCAAAGAGGACAAUUAAUAAUGAGCUUGUUAUGGAUUUUUUUUUACAAAGAACUUGUCAAAAUUUGCAUGUUGUUUUUUGUUUUUCACCAGUAGGAGAAAAAUUUCGAAAUCGUGCGCAAAGAUUUCCGGCUUUGAUAUCUGGAUGUACAAUUGAUUGGUUUCAGCCUUGGCCACGUGACGCUCUAGUACUGGUAGCAGAUCAUUUUCUACAUGAUUUCGAAAUAGCAUGCAGCACAGAGGUCAAAAUUCACUUGGUAAAUGCCCUGGGAUCUAUUCAAGAUGUUGUAGCAGAAACAUCAAAUGAAUAUUUUCAAAGAUUUCGCAGAGCUACUCACGUUACUCCAAAGUCUUAUUUAAAUUUUAUCGGUGGAUAUAAAAAUAUAUAUCGUGCUAAACAGCAUGAACUUGGUGAAGGAGCACGUAGAAUGGAUACAGGUCUUGCUAAAUUGGAAGAGGCUUCAAUAUCGGUUGAAUUAUUGAAAAAAGAUCUUGCUGUUAUGGAGCAAGAAUUGGUAACAGCUUCUGAAAAAGCCGAAACUGUAUUAUUAGAAGUUACUGAGCGAGCUAUGCAAGCUGAAACAUUUAAAAAUCAAGUUCAAAAAGUUAAAGAAAAAGCCGAGGCUCUUGUUGCUUGUAUUGCUGAAGAAAAAGCUUGGGCUGAACAAAAACUUGAAGCUGCUAAACCUGCAUUGGAAGAAGCUGAAGCUGCUUUAAAUACUAUUAAACCUGCCCAUAUUGCAACUGUUAGAAAAUUAGGAAGACCACCUCAUUUGAUAAUGAGAAUAAUGGACUGUGUAUUGAUAUUAUUUCAACGUAAAAUAAGUCCAGUAAUACCAGACCCAGCGAAUCAAUGUCCAAAGCCCUCUUGGACAGAGUCACUUAAAAUGAUGGCUAGUACAACGUUUUUAUUACAAUUACAAAAUUAUCCAAAAGAUAUUAUCAAUAAUGAGAUGGUUGAAUUACUCCAGCCGUAUUUUCAUAUGGAGGACUAUAAUAUGGAAACAGCAAGACGUGUUUGUGGUGAUGUAGCUGGUUUAUUAUCUUGGACAAAGGCCAUGGCUUUUUUUCACUCUGUUAAUAAAGAAGUAUUACCCCUAAAAGUUAAUCUUACAUUGCAGGAAGCACGUCUUAAAGUUGCUAUGGAGGAUUUAGCUAAUGCUGAAAGAGAAUUAUCUGAACGAGAAAUGGCACUUCAAGCUGUUAAAGAGCAAUAUGAUUCGGCGGUUUAUGAAAAGCAAAGAUUAACAGAAGCUGCUAAUGUAUGUUUAAGAAAAAUGACAGCAGCAACGGCUCUGAUAAAUGGUUUGGGAGGAGAAAAAAUACGAUGGACCGAACAAAGUGGGGAAUUUAAAAUUCAACUUGGCAAACUCGUAGGUGAUGUUUUAUUGGCAACUGGAUUUUUGUCAUAUUGCGGACCUUACAAUCAACAAUAUCGAGCUGGAUUGGUUACUUCUUGGAUGAAUAUUUUAAUGACUCGUAAAAUUCCCUUUACCAAAGAUUUAAAUAUUAUAAAUAUGUUGGUUGACUCGGCUACUGUAUCUGAAUGGACACUUCAGGGUUUACCAAACGAUGAAUUGUCAGUUCAAAAUGCAUUAGUAGUAACUAAAUCAUCGUCUUAUCCAUUGCUUGUAGAUCCUCAAAAUCAAGGAAAAAUGUGGAUAAAAAAUAAAGAAAUGAAUAAUGAAUUACAAAUAACAUCAUUGAAUCAUAAAUAUUUUCGAACACACUUGGAGGACAGUUUAUCACUGGGUCGACCACUCUUGAUUGAAGACAUUGCCGAGGAACUUGAUCCAGUUAUAGACAAUGUUUUGGAAAAAAAUUUUAUUAAAUCUGGUUCUAUUGAAAAAGUUAUAGUAGGUGAUAAAGAGUGUGACGUAAUGCCAGGAUUUAUGCUUUAUAUCACUACUAAAUUACCUAAUCCAGCUUACAGUCCAGAGAUAUCAGCCAAGACGUCUAUUAUUGAUUUCACCGUUACUAUGCAGGGUUUAGAAGAUCAAUUGCUCGGUCGGGUUAUAUUGAUGGAAAAAUCAGAUCUUGAAGCUGAGCGGGUUGCUCUUUUUGAAUCAGUUAUGACAAAUCAGCGCACUAUGAAAGAACUUGAGAGUACACUUUUGCACCGAUUGACAUCAUCAGAGGGUUCAUUGGUUGACGAUGAGGCUCUGAUAAAUGUUUUAAGAGAAACUAAAUCAACUGCUGAGUCUGUCAAUGAAAAACUUCAAGUUUCAGCUUUGACAGAGAAGAAAAUAACAGUAGCACGUGAAGAAUUUCGUGCUGUUGCUGCCAGAGGCUCUAUAUUAUAUUUUCUUAUUGUUGAAAUGAGUAAUGUUAAUGCGAUGUAUCAAAAUUCAUUGAAACAAUUUUUAACAAUAUUUGAUAAUGCAAUAACAAAAUCAACAAAAAGUCCUAUUACUUCAGAACGAAUAGAAAUUAUUUUAAAUCAUCUGACUUAUGAAGUGUGGGCGUUUACAUUGAGAAGUUUAUACGAGAGACACAAGUCGUUAUUUACACUGAUGUUGGCAAUGAAGAUUGAUUGCUAUCGAGGUUCUAUUUCUCACGUUGAAUUUAUGGCCUUUAUUAAAGGCGGUGCGUCUUUGGAUUUAAACGCUGUAAUUCCUAAACCAUUUAGAUGGAUCCUCGAUAUUACGUGGUUGAAUUUAGUUGAAAUAAAUAAGCUUGAAGUAUUUUCAGAAAUUCUUACCAAAAUAGAAUUCACCGAACGAGAAUGGAAAAUUUGGUAUGAAAAAGAUAAACCAGAAGAAGAAGAAUUACCCUGUGGUUAUCAAAAGAGUCUUGAUGUAUUUCGAAAACUUUUAUUAAUCAGAUCUUGGAGUCCUGACCGAACACUGUCACAAGCUAAAAAAUAUAUUAUCGAAUCAUUGGGUAAAGAUUACGGUGAAGCUAAAAUUUUAGAUCUUGAUGCAACUUGGCUUGAAUCAGAGCCACGAACUCCCUUAAUUUGCAUACUAUCUAUUGGUUCUGAUCCAUCUCCACAAAUAACAUCUCUUGCCAAGCUCAAAGCCACUACUCCAUUGAGAGCUGUUUCAAUGGGUCAGGGGCAAGAAUUUCAUGCAAGAAAAUUAAUAAGCGAAGCUAUGAGCGAUGGUGGUUGGGUAUUACUCCAAAAUGUUCAUCUCUCUUUGCCAUUUUGUAGCGAAGCUAUGGAUACACUUAUCGAAACAGAUACCCUUCAUGAUUCUUUUCGUCUUUGGAUGACAACAGAAGUUCAUCCACAAUUUCCUAUUGGAUUAUUACAGAUGGCGAUUAAAUUUACAAAUGAACCACCACAAGGAAUAAGAGCCAGUUUAAAACGAACGUAUCAAGGAGUAACACAAGAUACACUUGACUACAGUACACAGCCUCAGUGGCCUCCUUUGCUCUAUGCAGUUGCAUUUUUACACACAGUAGUCCAAGAGAGAAGAAAAUUUGGGCCACUCGGUUGGAAUAUACCGUAUGAAUUUAACCAAGCUGAUUUUGCUGCUUCAGUACAAUUUAUACAAAAUCAUUUGGAUGAUAUGGACCCCAAAAAAGGUGUCUCUUGGUCAACAAUAUGCUAUAUGCUCGGUGAAGUUCAGUACGGAGGACGAGUAACUGAUGACUUUGAUAAACGUCUUCUCACGACAUUUACUCACGUUUGGUUUUGUGAUGUACUUUUGAGACCGGGUUUUGAAUUUUACAAGGGAUACAAAGUGCCUCAAACAAAAAAUAUCCAAGGAUAUAUGGAGUAUAUAAAUAAUUUACCCCCAGCUGAUACUCCCGAGGUAUUUGGAUUGCAUUCAAAUGCCGAUAUUACUUAUCAAAUCAAUACGGCUAAAGGAAUCCUCGAUACAAUACUCAAUGUACAACCAAAAGAAGGUGGUUCUCAGGGUGGUGAGACCAGAGAGAAUAUUGUUUACAGGCUUGCCGAUGAUAUGCUCUCAAAAUUACCUCAACAGUACAAUAGUUUUCAAGUUCGAGACGCUUUACAACGAAUGGGAGCAUUAUUACCGAUGAAUAUUUUCUUGAGACAAGAAAUUGAUCGAAUGGCUAAAGUUAUCAGAGAAGUACAAUCAACACUAUCAGACUUGAAAUUGGCUAUUGAUGGUACGAUAAUAAUGAGCCAAGGAUUAAAGAUAGCGCUUGAUUCAAUGUACGACGCAAGAAUUCCUGAUAAAUGGCAAAAAAUUUCAUGGGAAUCCGCUACUUUGGGGUUUUGGUAUACCGAAUUACUAGAACGUGAUGCUCAAUUCCGACACUGGUGUAUUCACGGUAGACCUAAUGUUUUUUGGAUGACGGGAUUCUUUAAUCCUCAAGGAUUUUUAACGGCAAUGCGUCAGGAAGUAACACGAGCACACAAAGGCUGGGCGUUAGAUUCAGUAGUACUACAAAAUUUAAUUACACGUUACAACAAAGAGGAUAUAAAAGAACAAGUUCAAGAAGGAGUUUAUGUUCAUGGUCUCUUUCUCGAGGGCGCAUCGUUGGAUCGAAAGUCUUCAAAAUUAGUUGAAAGCAAACCAAAAGUUUUGUACGAACAAAUGCCUGUGAUAUAUAUUUACGCGAUAAACACAACUGCUGGUAAAGAUCCAAAGUUGUAUGAGUGUCCUAUUUAUAGAAAACCUCAACGUACUGAUCAGAAAUACGUCGGCUCUAUUGAUUUUGAGACCGAUCAUAAUCCGAGACACUGGACACUAAGAGGAGUAGCGCUUCUUUGUGAUAUUAAAUAA